AAGUCUGUUCCAAAACCAAAGUCAUAUAUCAAAGACAGCUGGACCUUCGUACGUAAAAUAAAAAAUAUUAAGAUCACCCCCGACCAAUCACUCGUGUCAUUUGACGCCACUUCGCUAUUCACCAACAUCCCGAAAGAAUUGGCAUUAAAAUCCAUAGAAAGUAGAUGGGACAGUAUCGAGACAAACACAAAAUUUAACUUACAACAAUUUUUAUACGCCAUAGACCUAAUUCUCAGCUCCACCAGUUUCGUCUUUGAGUCUCAGUUUUACGAACAGAUUUUUGGAACUCCUAUGGGCUCCCCAUUGUCACCCAUAUUAGCGGACAUGGUAUUAGACGACUUAGAGACUCACUGCCUAAAAUCAAUCGAUUCGGAACUACCUGCCUUUUUCAGAUACGUGGACGAUAUUUUCGGUAUUGUCCCAACAUGCAAAAUUAACACAACUUUAGAAACCUUCAACAGAUACCAUCCUAGACUAAGAUUCACCUGUGAAACGGAAAAAAACAUGUCUAUCAACUUUCUCGACACGACUAUCAUUAGAAAUAACGAAAACCUUUUAACAAACUGGUUCCGUAAACCUACGUUUUCCGGCCGCUAUAUCAAUUUUUACUCCAACCAUCCAAUUAAAUAUAAAACUAAUAUUAUAACGAAUCUAGUCGACCGAGCCAUUUUAUUGUCAGACGAGCGGUUUCAUGAUUCCAAUAUUGACACAGUUAAAGACAUCCUAAAGAACAACUGCUUCCCAGCGCACAUUAUAGACAAAUUCAUCAAAAAAAGACUCAAAGAGAUAAAAUACUGCGACGUUAUACCUAGUUCCAAUAAGGAAAAGAAUCAGUUCCUACACAACAAGCACGUAGUCACAGUUCCUUACAUACAGAACAUAA